UACACUUGCUCUCACUUUGUCCGUUGGUUGUGCCUUCGUUUGUAACCGCCAGUUUCCGCGUCUCUGCAAUCAAUGCUCGUUCUGUAACUUUCCGCUCACGACGCGCCUUGCGCCACCGACGAUACGUCAACAAACACGCCUCAGGCUCCCGCACGACCCACGAGUCUGCCUCGAAACCAACGGCAGUGUCUUGCCGACACCGUUUCGCUUGUUGCUGUUUGUUGUCGUCGUCGAGUGGUCGUGGUGGAGAAGGGAGCAAGGCGCAAUCGUUGAUCAAAUGCAAUGAGCUCGAAAAUGGCCAGCAAUGGCCCCCAUGCUGCGGGCAUCUUUGCCGACAUGACCGUCGAUGGGCCUGAGAUAGGCACGCUGGUCCUGGUUGUUGACAGGGCCAAGAACCUUCCCAAUCGCAAAACCAUGGGCAAGCAGAAUCCCUAUUGUGCUGCCAGACUCGGAAAAGAGGCACGCAAGACGGAGACGGAUCGUCGAGGAGGACAGACACCGCGAUGGGACCAAGAGCUACGCUUCACCGUUCACGACUCGCCUGACUACUACACUCUCAAAAUAUCCGUGUUUAGCGAAGACAAGCGUACCGACCUGAUCGGAGAGGCUUGGGUCGACUUGGCCACCAUCGUGGUUCCUGGAGGCGGAAAGGGCGACUCGUGGCAGGGCUUGACGUGCAAGGGCAAAUAUGCGGGAGAAGUGCGCAUGGAAGUCACGUACUACGACACCAGAGAGAAGCCGAUGGACAUGGGAGAAGAGCAGAUGUCGAUGGCAGACGAGCUCAAGCAGCAGUAUGGCACAUUGCAGCCAAAGGUCAAGAGGAGGCCCUUGCCCGCGAACCCGAACGCCCCAGCGACCAAAGAUGUGGUGAUCCCAGAGCGACCAAAUCCAGGCAGGGCGAAGCAUGGUCCUCGAGACUAUCAGACUCUACCGCGAGCCACGUCCACUGGCCCGAAGACGUACAACUAUCCUGCCUCUGAAUCGACUUUGUUUGGACAGACACCAGCGCGCUCUCAAGCCAGCUCUCCAGCUCCGUCAGCUCAGCAUGGCACACCUCACGAUCAAUACUAUGGCGAAUACGAUCAACACCCAGAUCCUCAAGCCUACCACCUUCACGCGCUUGUCCAAACACCCGACUUCUUGCCACAACUCGGCCCAAGCAGAGCACAAAGAGCUUCCUCCACCCAGCCAUCACGUCCACAGCAGACAUGUACACCUCCAAGACAUUCAACACAACCACAGCUGCAACCUAGACCGAUGAGCCACAUUGGCAUUCCACAUUCCCACUCGGCUCCUGUGACUCCGCAGGCGCAUGGGUCCCAGGCCUACGAGAAUGACUACCAGCUCUCCACGCACUUUCCAGAACCGAUUCCAGAUCUGGACUACCAAUACCAGCAUACUCGGCAAAGAAGGAAUGAUAUGCCACCUGGCUGGGAAGACGAGUACGGCGGUGCGUACUCCGCCAAGCAGGCGUACAUUGAAGAUGAAUUGGACAGUUCUCCGCCCCCACCGCCACCUAUGCACAGUCAUAGCUCGCCCGCUGUACCGCAGUCGCAUCCCGCUUCGCCACAUCACCACCAGAUGUAUCAGCAGCCCAGCUAUGCGGCAACGCCUGCAGCCGCCAGACAGCAGUACGUGCCAAACUCGUCACCCCUGCAAAGUAUUGAACGAGGCUACGCUCCUCAGCAAACGCCUCCCAGUCAAGGACAGUCGAUGGACGAAUAUGGUCAAUCGCCCUACCAAGCCAGCCAUCAUUCGACACCAAAUUUAUCGUCGCCAGGUGGCCACAGUCCGUCUCCCUAUGCCAGGACUUCACCAUACGGCAGACCGGUCGCUGGUCGUAAUAGUAUUGCGGAAUACACGCCUUCAAGGCAACCGCAUCCACUCUCUCAAGAAAUCCCGAGAGCGAGAAGUCCUAAUCCUUAUCGGCCAGAGCGCACACCGUACCAGACGCCGGACCGACAGCCUCCAUAUCAGGGCGACUAUCGAAAUCGGGAUGCUGCACCGCUUAUCAAACCACGAGCUGUGUCACCUCAACCUCAGCCUCAGUCCGCGCCUUCCUCGGCGCCGCCGAGAAACUCGUAUAGCAUCCAGUUCCCGGUCCGCGCAUUUGAGUCGUCUUCUGAGAGUCCUCUGUCGACAUCACAACCCGCACCACAGCCGGAAAGAGUCCGAGCAACGGUGGUCAGCCGAAACCCACCCGCUCGAAAGUCUGUGUCACCUAGACCGUCCAUGUCAGAAGGCUCCGGCACUCCUUUCUCGCCCGACAGUUUCGAUGUGCACAACCCGAAAGCACCGGGCGCUGAGGCCAAUGCAACGCAGAAGGGUCCCAUCGUCGGUUGGCACGGGCAAGAAAUUGACCCGUCUGACCAUCUCCCUGUCGACUCGUGGGCGCCUGAGCCCGAGAAGAAGAAGACGCCGACCAAGACGUAUGGCACUGGUCGUGACCGAGACUUUGGACCACGACAUCUGUCGAAAGACACAGUCGUCAACUUCCGAAACAAGUCUUCGCCCAUGCCGACUGCGGAGCCUCAGCCUGCCAGGAACAAGCUCUUCAAGAAGCCGCCUUCCACAAGCUCGGCCAUGGAGCCUCUGCGGACCCACGAGAACUUUAAUCCAGUCCCGAAUCCGUACGAGCAGCGACAGCAGUAUUCUCGAGGUUUCGGGGAGACGAGCCCUGGAGGAGGAGGAUAUGGGCCGCCCAGCAUCCCACCCAAAGUCCCUCUCUCGCAUUCGCCAGGAGGAAGUAAUGGGGAUGAAUUGAGUCGAGAAAUUUCAAGUAUCGAUAUUGGAAGCAGCAGGCACCGCUCUUCGCCUGCUGCUUAUGUACCUGUAAGGAGCCAUCGGGAUCGGAACAGCUUUUAUUAGAUAGAAAGCUUUUGGAACUGGCAUCAGAAUGCCGGCGUGGCGUUCUUGGGUAAGUGAUAUACAUGCCUGUCUACAUGAUGGGAAAGGGCAAGGAAUGAAGGAAGGAGUUGUAUUAUAGAAACCAUAGACUGGCGUUCUCCAUCCUACUCCAAGGAUUGGUUAUUCCUGCGCUUUCAGGCGCUGUCAAUGCCAUCAGCCAUGUAUAUACGACCUGUGUCGUUCACUCACUC